GUCCAAUCUCUGGAAAAAGGGAAAAAAAAGAAUAAUUCCUGGUCAAUAUUUUGGUGAGGUAUUAUCUCUUUCACAUCCUGGCAAUCCACCCUUGAGUGAACAGUAGUUGACCAGAUCCAUGUUAAUUGAGAAGAAAUAAAGCCCCUCCACACAAAUAUUCCAAAACCCUCUCAACUAAGGUAAGGAAUGGCAUAUAUCUCUCCUUCAAAGCAAUGAAAAACUGCCUUGGAAGGACCUACAACACCAAUACUCUUAGAUAACCACAUCUUAUUAUACCUUGAGUAAGCUUCAAGCUUCCUCCCCUCCUCUCUUAUGUUUACUCUGUAGCAGGCUACUUUCAGGGCUUCUCCGAAGAUCACACACAUUAGUUUCUUCCAAUGGAGAAACACCGAUACGGGUUCGUUUUCGCCUUCUCCAUCGUCAUCUCUCUCGGCCUUAUCUCCUUCAUUUCCUGCAUUGUUGCUGAGUUCAAGAGAGCAAAGUGGAAAGACAUGAGGUUGGUUGGAAAAUUGUGUUAUUUGCCUGGAAGUCCUGCAUAUGGAUUUGGACUUGCUGCCAUCAUCUGUCUAUCCAUUGCUCAAAUAGCUGGGAACCUGGUGAUCUGCAGGAUAUCUUAUUCAAGAGAGAAGGGCAGCAUUAGAAAAGCUAAAAGACCCAAAAAUACAACAACCCUUCUGGUCCUGUCCUGGGUAAGCUUUGGUAUUGCAGCUAUUUUGUUGGGUGUAGCCACAAGCAUGAGCAGGAAGCAACCCUAUGGGAAAGGGUGGUCAAGGGGGGAAUGUUACCUGGUCAAGAAUGGAGUGUUCAUUGGAUCUGGAGUUCUAGUCAUGGUCAAUGUGGGUGCCAUAAUAAGAAUAGCCCUAAUGACAAUAAAGAAGACAAAAGUUGAGCAAGAAAUCGAAGGACAUGCACAAGUUGGAUAAAACAAAAAAGAAAUGCAACAGAAUACACUAAUUUUGAGAGGCAGAUUGGUAUUCAUGUAAGAGGGAAAGGAAGAAAACCCACAAGAAGCCACAAAUACAGAGAGCUUCAAGAGCACAUUUUUAUUUUUCCCCAAAUUGGCAAGUGGAUAAUAAAUGAAGGGAUCACCCCUCCAAAAGGGCAAGAGCAAGGGGAACUGCCGCAUUUCCAGCCUACAGAUUAGUCUGAAAAAUGUCAAUAAUAACAAUAAAACUAUUUAUCCAAUGGAUUGAAAGAGAGAUUGAAUCA